AAAAUGUUAAGAUGAAACUUUUUCUCUCUAAUUAUUUUCACCUUUAAUUUUGCAACAAUUAACUAAUCACCGAAAUAAUUGAUUCCAUUUUGAUGGUGUUUAAGUGCCAAGGAUUAAUAUGAGAAAGUUAAUUCCCUUCCAUUGGAUUAUCUAAAUUCUUGUUUAAUCUUUAAUCAUUUGGAUUAAGUUUCCUUUUUCUGACUCAAUUUUUUUCUGGGAUUUUUUUUCCUUCGCCUCUUGUGUCAAAAUGAUUUAAUUACUUGAUUGGUUAACCAUUGAUUCUGAUUGAUUGUAAUUCAUCUAAAUUGCUAGAUGAUUUUCUCAACUAAAUCUCAACUGAAUGUGUGUCUUAAUCAACUUUAAUUGUGAAAAUUUAAUCGUCCCUUUCAAUUGAUUGGAUUGAUUAUUAAUUUACUAUGAAAAUCUUACCAGUUAAUACAAAAAACAGUUGCAACUUUUUAUUAUCACAAUUAACUUUACUAUUGUUAAUCAGUUCACAAUUAACUUCAUCAUUAGCAACUAGUUCUUGGGAUCAAUGGUGGGCUUAUGAUGGUAUCUCAGGUCCAGAUUAUUGGGGUAUUAUAAAUCCUAAAUGGUCACAUUGUUCAAAGGGAAGGAAACAAUCACCAAUUGAUAUUAAUCCAGAUUCGCUUUUAUUUGAUCCUGGAUUAGAACCAAUUCAAAUGAAUAAAAUUAAAGACACUAUUCAUGGUAACUUGAUUAACACUGGAAGAGGAUUACAAUUAAGUGUCAUUGGUAAUUCAUCGGUAACAAUUACCUCCGGACCUUUAUCAUAUCAAUAUUCAAUUAAUCAUAUGAUUUUACACUAUGGUACUGAGGUCGAUCGUGGAUCGGAACAUAAGAUUAACGGGAUUGCAUUUCCGGGUGAACUUCAGUUAUACUUUUAUAAUUCGCAACUUUAUCACAAUUGGACUCAAGCCGCUCAAGAAUCAAACGGAUUAGCAGUGAUUGCAGUUCUAAUCCACAUCGCAGCAACACCGGAAGAGGAAUCAACUGCGAUCGCUUUAAAUUCAAUCGUUAAAUCAAUUGAACACAUUAAAUUGGAAGGUACAUCACAUAAAUUGGAAUCAGUUGAUAUUCAUAAAUUAUUACCAACACUGGAACAUUAUAUCACCUAUGAGGGUUCCCUGACUGAGCCACCCUGUCAUGAGACAGUUCAGUGGAUUGUAUUGAAUAAACCUCUUUAUGCAACAAAUAAUCAACUCUCAUUAAUCCGUAAUUCCCUGAUUAUUGAUGGUUAUGGUGAUAAUUAUAGACCAAUUCAGUCGACAAAUUAUCGAUGUGUCCGGACAAAUAUACUCAGGGAAUUCAAUACAACUCUUGAUGAGAUAACCAGUCAAUCAAUGAAAGGAAAUCAUGAAUUUAAUAAGAAACGUCUUUGUGGUAAUAAAGGUUAUGUUACUUAUAAAGCUAAUAUCAAGCGAGACUUGGAUGAUGGUAAUAGUGUUGGUAAUUGAUUCGGAUUAGCAACUUGGAUUAAACUUAAUCAAAUAUUCAACAAUAGUCCAUUUGUUUUUUUUUUGUCUUUCUUUGUUAACCAGUUUAAAUCUAUAAUUGGUGAUUGGAGAAAAGAAAGGAAAUUAAUUAAUUAACUUAAUCAUGUAAAGAUUAUAAACUUGAUGAAAAGGUUUUGUUUAUAAAUUAAUUAAUUUCAUCAGGUAAAUAACACAAAAUUCAAUGAUCAAAACCGAUUGUCUUUCACAUUUAACAAGUGAUCAUAUUAUUUCCAAUGUAAAAACAAUUUUCAAUAAUAAAUCCAAUAAAUGACUCAAUCAAUUUGAUUCCUAAUUUAAAUUUUUUCGUUAAAUUUUCAAUGGUCAAUUUAAACCAAACGAGAGGAUCACAAGGUUAAUCAUGAAAAGCGAGAUAAACAUUUCCAAUCACAAUUUUAACCCAAUUACAAACAGAAAAAAAGAUUAACAAGAAGCACAUAUACCAAAACCAAACUGUAACCCAGAGAGAAUAAAAAAUGAUUAACCAAAAUCAAUCAACGGAUUUGAAGAAUGAAAAAAUCACACAGGUAAUCAAGAAAAGAAGAAGAGAAUAACAAAAAAAUGAAAAAGAAAAAAAUUGAAAAGGUAAACACAAGGAGAGAAAAUCACAAAGGAAAAAAAAGAGAAUAGAAGAAAAAAAAAAUUCUUUUCUCCAAAUCAAGAUUGUUACUGGUUAAUGUGAGAAAUUAUUGUUAAUUGUUGACAUUUUAAGUCACCAAUUAACUUAAAUUGUCCCAAUGAUUACAAGAAGAAACAAUGAUUGGAAUGUUAAUUCCCAAUUGGAAAUUUAAAUUAACAAGAACAAGAAAAAAAUAAAAUGGAGAAACAAAAAUUGUGUCCAAUCAGAAAAAAGAAAAUGAAACAGACGCAAUGUAUAAAUUGUCCCUCGAACCGAACACAGUCUCAAUGAGAAGUUGAUGUUGUUACCUGGUCUUCAGUCAGUCAACCCAAGUCACCUUUUCCUUUAUGUCUCCGUUUUUUUUUCUUCUUCUUUUUUUUCUAAAUUAAUCUAAAUAAUUAAUUCUUUUUUUUAUAUAAAUAUAAAUAUUAUAUCUCUUGUUAGACCAAUUUAAAGUAAAAACCCUUCUUUCUCUCUUUCUCUUUGUCUCUUUGUAAGUUGUUUUAGUUGGUGCUAUAAGUGAAGUUUUUUUUUUCUGUUCCGUGUUUAUAUAUAGUAUAUAUAUUUACAUAUAUUACCAGUUGAUUUAAUUAUUAUUAUUAUUAUUAUUUAAUAUUAUUGUGGUUCAUCUUAUCCAAUAAUGGAAACAAUUGAUGGCUCAUCAAGCGGCUCACAAUUUUUCAAAUUAUUUGGAACCUCAACUGAAGAUGAAAUUUCUAAAAGUAUUGGUG